AUGGCAAUGGCAUCGCUUUUGCGAAAGCAGCGCGCACCAGACUGCGAUUCGCGCGAACUACAGCCUCUGGUUUCGUAUCUUCCUAACACCUUGACUCCAAUGUACCUUUCAAAGCGAACACAAACGCCAUUCUCGCUAACGCUCUCCACACUGGACUUCAGAACAUCUCGAGUUACAUGCACUGUGGAACGCAGAGACGAGUUCCCAUACACUGGCAUCUCUCCGCAAAUUGUUUUUCGGCUCCUCAUCUUAUGCGAAAGCACGCUUCCCAGGCCCCUGACACUUCUUCCAAGAAAAGAAAACAAAAUUCUCGCUGCGACCACGACUGCGCAGACUGACAUCACGGAGCUGAAAGACAAUCAAAAAAACGGAAAUUCGUUGCAGCACAUGGGGUUGCUCCAACGUGAAAUCGAGAGGCUCGCUAGCUUCAUAUACCAGUGCUCAUUGAGCUGCAAAGAGACCUGGCAAACCCAAACGAUGUGGCUUACGAAGCCGGGCCUGUGA